CGGACAUCUCAUUCUGUAGUUGGGUUAGGAAUAAAUAAUGUAUUUUUUCUUGUCGAAACAUUCCCCUUUUGCAUGUAAAUGCUGGACUGUCUAGUUGAGGAAUACAGAGUGAUAUCGUCAUCCACCAUCCUUCACCAUGGAGGACAUGGAAGUACUACCCACCGAUCCCCCGCCGUAUCGUAACAUCCUUCACACACAGAGAGCCUUUGAUCUUCUCAACGACUUCAGAAAGCAAAACAUACUCUGCGAUGUGACACUAGAGGCAGAAGGUGUAGAGCUCCCAGCCCACCGCGUCGUCCUAGCGGCAUGCAGCCCUUACUUCUCAGCCAUGUUUACCAGCCAACUCUCAGAGAGUCGCACCCAGAAGAUUAUCCUACAAGAGAUUGAUGGCAGUGCCCUCUCUCAACUGUUGGAUUUCGUCUACACAUCCGAGAUACAAGUUACCGAAGAGAAUGUCCAGACACUCUUGCCAGCAGCAAGUCUACUACAACUCAUCGACGUCCGCAGUGCUUGCUGCGACUUCCUUCAGAAGCAACUCCACCCAACAAACUGUCUAGGCAUCCGUGCAUUUGCCGACAUGCAUUCCUGCAGUGAGCUCUAUCACUACGCACAGAACUACACAAUGCAGCACUUCAGUGCUGUUGUUCACUGCGAUGAGUUUACAGCAUUAUCUGCAGACCAGGUUAGCGAGUUAAUCAGUAGUGAUCAUCUCACAGUACCAACUGAGGAAGAGGUGUUUGAAGCAGUCGUUGGUUGGGUCAAUAAUGACCCCCAGAACCGCUGCGACUACACGCCGCGUCUUAUAGAGCACGUCCGUCUCCCGCUGCUAUCUCGAGACUACCUGGUGCAGCGUGUAGAGGAGGAGCCUCUGAUUAAGUCCAGCAGCAGCUGCAAGGAUUACUUAAUAGAGGCCAUGAAGUACCACCUACUGGCAAAGGAGCAACGGGCUCUGUUUAAGAAUCCUAGGACCAAGCCACGGACACCUAUUGGACUUCCUAAGCUGAUGUUAGUUGUUGGUGGUCAGGCACCCAAAGCAAUCCGCAGUGUAGAAGUUUAUGAUUUCAAGGAAGAGAAGUGGUCUCAGGCAGCCGAGAUGCCCUCAAGACGCUGUCGAGCUGGUAUUGCAGUACUAAACGGCUUAGUCUAUGCCGUUGGUGGUUUCAACGGCUCCCUGCGUGUGAGAACCGUUGACGUGUACGAUCCGACGAGGAACAUGUGGUCAUCGGUAGCAUCCAUGGAGGCCAGACGAAGCACGCUGGGCGUGGCUGUACUCAACAACCGUAUCUACGCUGUAGGGGGAUUUGACGGAACAACAGGUCUGAGUAGCGUUGAAACCUAUGACCCAAAGGUCAACGAGUGGAAGUCAGUUGCGUCCAUGAACACACGAAGAAGUAGUGUUGGAGUGGCAGUACUCAAUGACUAUUUGUACGCUGUGGGUGGAUACGAUGGUGCUUCGAGACAUUGUUUGAGCUCAGUGGAGCGUUAUGAUCCUAACAAGGAUGAGUGGACACCAGUCAAAGAGAUGAACACGAGACGAAGUGGAGCAGUGUUAAUGUCGACAGGUGUUGGUGUGGUUGACGGUCUUCUGUAUGCCGUAGGGGGACACGACGGCCCCAUGGUUCGUAAAAGUGUUGAGAUGUUUAAUCCAGAGAUGAACGAAUGGACGUGUGUGACUGAUAUGACACACUGUAGAAGGAAUGCUGGUGUAGCUGCUGUUAACACGCUUCUCUACGUUGUCGGUGGUGACGACGGCUCGGCGAAUCUCUCCUCGGUAGAAUGCUACGACUCCAGGGCCAACACUUGGACCGUCCUGCCCUCCUGCAUGACCACGGUGCGCAGUUACUCCGGCGUGGCCAUCAUCGACAAGCCCACAUGACAUGAGGAGUGCGCCCUCGGUGGCGAGAGCGAUAACAACGAGAUGGCUCGAGGGGGAGGCGGGGACACAGAGUUCCAUAUUCAGUGGGGGUACUGGUAAUCUUUUCGGAGCGCCGUGAACGUAUAGUAUGUCAUCGCAUUUUCCCAUCAUUUCAGAAACAUCCCCUUUCUAAUAGUGGAAUGAACCAUCCACCCACUGCUCAUAUAAGUUCAAACUCAUAAGCUUCUCAAACACUAUUCUGCAUUUUUUGGCUGCGUGUGCCAUUGCCCAAUCACAGUUGUGAUUAUCAAAGCACAGUUGCCAUUGGCCAAUCGCAGUUGUGAUUGCGCAAUCAUAGUUGCAAUUGGCCAGUUCAUCAUGAGGCAGCAGUAAAUAGCUGUGUAUUUUUCUUAAACAGAAAUAAAAGUAAGUAUAACUGAAAAUGUCUGAAAUUCAUGUAGACAAAUUAAGACCUGGGCUCAAUUUGAUGGAGCUGCUUAAGCACAAAAAGUAGCUCAGCACAACAGCAAUAUGCUUAGCCAAAUAAGGCUACCAGCCAAAAUAUCACGUGUAUUAUCCAAGACUGGCAUCCUACCUGUUUUUGCUGAGCAAUUUAAGCAAUAUUUCUACUUAAACAGCUCUAUGAAAAUGGGCCCUGGUCAAUAUAGGUCAAAAUAUGACAACAAGUUUGAAGUAUUCCUUGUUAAAUUUAGUUGGUAAAUGUCCAGUGUAGUUGUUAGGACUCAAACCCACACUCUCCUGAUCAGAAACACCAGAGCUGAAGUCUGGUGUUCUGAUCCGCUCGGCCACACAAACCACUACAAGUUGUGAUUCCAGUUUCCGAUUUUGUCUGUUUCAUAGAGCUGCUAAAGAGCCAAGCACAAAACAAUUGUGCUCACCAGAAUAAGAUCACCAGGCAAAAUACCAUUCCACAUAAGAUUUAUUUGACUGGUAUCCUGCUAAUAUUUGCUUUGCAAAGUGAAGCAACAGUUUGUGUUUAUGUCCAGUGUGUAUGCUCCAGUUUGAUGAAGUUUGAACACAGUAUUUGUCUCGCUCAAUGCAAUUUCAUGCUUGAGGCUAAGCACAAAACAAACGUGCUCACCUGAAUAAGAUCACAGCCAAAAUACCAUUCCACAUGUGCCAUGCUUGACUGGUGUCCUGCUAAUUUUUGGCUCCGCAAAAUAUUGUGAAACAACAGUUGGUGUUCGAACAGAGCUUCGACAUUGGGGCCCUUCCUUAAGCAGUGGAUCCUGAAGCCUCUGACAAAAUUCUAGGCAAAAAACUGAACAUUACUGCAGUGUUGUAGCUAGACUAGUUUGAGUGAUGGGCUCCAAAUCCAAUGGGGGACUUUGGAACACUAGGUGGCAGCAAACUUACCAGGUAAAUUUCCAUUGUUCACGUAGUUCUGAGCACGUGCACAUUACCAAGAACAAUGGAUAUUACCUGGUAAGUCUGCUGCCACCAAGCGUCCCAAAAGUCUCCCAUUUAGUCCACAGAGGGCUGAGCGGUAGAUAUGGGGCCAUCUUUGCUGAAGUGCAAUCAUGGGGAAAUCUGUGCUGGGCAGCACAGUGUAUUUUGCUCAGAGUGCUGGGCGAAAUUUGUUAGUCCUGGGCGACCCGCCCGGCACCGCCCACCGAGGCUACAACACUGCAUCAAUGCUUUGUAAAAAAAAA